GCGCAGGAGAUUUCAAACAGUAACAAAACAACAAGUGUCUCGUGUCUUCCUAUUUAUUGUGAUACCGCUCUUAAUAUUCCAUGUUUUUUCAUUUCACGCUCAGAGUAAAUUGUCCACAUUCACAAAAAGUCAGCUGGAACUAAUGGUACCUAUUUGUAAAUGUAGAACUAAUUGAUGGCCAAAAAUACCAAGAGGAUACCUGUGCACAAUGGACGACAAUCAGAGCUUAAAACUGGCCAACCUUCAGCAGCGUCUGGAGGAAUCUGAAAGGAACACUAUAUUGGCAGCAACAUAUGGCAAGCAGCUCUUGGAACAAAAUCAGAUACUUCAUGUUAAACUUGAAGAAACAGUCAAAGAAUAUGCAACUAAAGUGGAGACACUUGAACAGGAGAAGCACUGUAUUUCUCUGAAGCUGGAGGCCAAGAUGCAACUAGAACGUUCCUUGUCACUUGAGCUAGAACAACUUCGUGAGAAACAGAAUCAUCAAAUAACGUCUCUGGUAUCACAAACAGCUCAAAGUCAUGAACAAGAGGUUCAUAAGUAUAUGACAAAGGUAUCAGAAAUGGAGGAGAUCAUAGAUCAGCAACAGAUGGAGAUUAAUCAGAAUAAUGAACGGAUAGCUCUGCUGCAGUCACAGGUUAAGGAAACUCAAGAAAGACUUGACAGUUGUAACUUUUCCUUUCAUGAGCAAUCACUUGAGGAGACAACAGCAACCAUGCAGAAUCAAAUUAUGAGCCUGACAUGUGAGAAGCAAGAACUUGAGAUGCAAGUGUCAUCUCUCAAUGCUCAAAUCAAGACUAAUAAACAUGCAAUAGCUAAGGCUGACAAGGAUGUAGCAAGGUUAACAGCAGAAUUAGAAGAGAAAGAAUGUCAGUGUACAUCAUACUAUAAUGCACUGGAGAAAAGCAAAGAGGACAUGCAGGAACUCAAGAUGGAAAUUGAAAGCCUAAGACUGGCUGAAAUAGACCCAGCAAGAAAAGGAAACUCUCUCUUUGCUGAAGUUGAGGAUAAUAGAAAAGCUUUAGAGCAACUAUUGCUCCGUUACAAGGCUAACUACAAUGUACUUAAAAAAGAGUGUGGCCUAAAGGCUCAACAGAUCAGUAAAAUGAAGCUACAGUUGGCUUCAUUGCUGAGUUUGAGUUGUAACAGAACAUCUGCAGAACACCUCAGUCAUUUAGAGGAAUCACUUGCUAGUGCAAGAGCCCAGCUGGAGAAGUUUAUGACGAGGUGUCAAGAGCUGGAAACUCAACAGACUACUGCUGCUGUGUCUAAGAUAGCAGUGAAUGAUGGACAGGAUAUGAACUCACUCUUCACAGGUCUAUAUUCAAAAAGUCAGAAACAAAUUACUGAUCUUCAACAACAGUUGCAAACAGCUGAAUUUGAGAAGGUGGUAUUAAAUGACCGUAUUCUCCAGCUACAGCGACAGCUUCGGCGGACUGAAGUUAACCUAGAUGCAGCAAAUGCUGAAUCACUCAAGCUUAGUGUGAAACUGGACGAAAUGGCAACGAAGGCUGGCGAAAAGACGAGUCCUGAUUUUAAAGAAGACAAACGGGUUGUUCAGAAAAUUCCUGAUUUUGAGAAAUUUUCACCUAUAACAAAAAAAUCUCAAGUUCGAGCCCCAGAGAUGAUUGUUCCACUGAAAGAGAAGCUGGUGGACCCAACUGCCAUACAAACAGACAAACAAGUUAAAAUUAUAAGUACAAACCCUGGAGAUCGGGUUGACACCAGCAGCAGCAGAAAGGCAGAAAAUCAAGAGAAUGAACCCCCACAUUCUCAGGAGAUUCAGAAGAAACGUAUAAAAUUAGUUCGCAUGACUGAAACUGUUGCUGUUCAAAAUAGUGAUGGUGAAGUUAAGGAAAUUGCAAUAAAAUUGGAAGAUGGCAACAAGAAAGUGGAAAGGAAAGAGAAAGUACUGAGGAAAAUGGAGGCCCCUAUAAUCAAGAUCACCAACAAGGGACAAUCGGAUGAAUGUAAGCUACAGUAAACUAAAGACUGAAGCUUACUUCAGGGACCAGUUAUUAGACUGUUUAUUAUAUAUUUAUUUAUAGCAUUGGGCUCCAGUUCCUAGACCCAGUAUAAUACCUUUUAAUACUGACAACAGGUUAGUUAUGCUGAAGUUCAGUAGUAUCUUUAAAUAUUACAGCCUCCCCAGCUUGUUCAUAAAUAACCACCUGUGGAAUAUUGCAUGAAGAACUGUAUAUAUGGCCAUACAUUUGGGGGUACUGUAAUAGACCACUUGAGUUUGAUUAUAAUAAUAAUAAUAAUAAUGUAAUAAACUAGCUAGUCUUUGUUCUCCAAGGAAGUAUUACUGUGAAAUAAUACACUGAGACUUAUCACGACACUUUGGUCCAGCUUGGACCAUUAGCAAGUCACACUGAAGCAAGAAGGGAAGGGCUUGUUAAUGGUUCAAGUUGGACUGAAAUGUUGUCAUAAGUUUCAGUCUUCUAUAUGUGGGUUAUUUAUGUAUGGUGAUAAAAGUACAGUAGAUAUAGACUACUAAGGAAAAGGGGUAUCCAUUAGUGACAAUUGUCCAUUAAAUUUGAAUGAUGAUUGUAUUUCCAUGAUCUAAGCAAAAACAAUCUUGAUUUCAUGGACUUUAUCAUUUCCAGACAUUGCUCAGCUACAGAUUUUGUUAGUUAAAUACGAAAUCCAUUAAAUGGGGGUUUGUUAAAUUGAAGUUUUACUGUUUUUCCUUUAACAUUAUUUACUUGUGCAUCAAUCCAAUGUUAUUCUUCCCUUCUGUCUUUUUUCUGUUUCCAUAUUCUACUUCUUGAAUCAGGCAUUGGCUACUGGUUGAUUUAUAAUAGCUGACCUUUCAUGAUUAAUUAUACAAACAUUUCAGAUGACCAUUCAUGAAUCUAAAAAAAGAAAGGCAUUUGAGAUGUCUCUAAUCAGAAUCUGUAUGUGGUCACCCUCUGAUUUAUGGCCAGGAACAAAGCAUAAUUUAUAUACUUAGAUAUAGUUGUAAAUGUAUGCUAAAAUACUGAUGCAGUAUAUUUAGAAUCAUAAUGUGAUUAUUUAUUUUAUUGAAAAAAAGUAUAUGUAUCAAAAUUACAUAAAAUAAUAAUUUAAUGUUUAUGCAGUAUUAACACUGGAAGAUUUUUUUUUUUUUUUUGACUUGAAAAGAAAUUGCUAAAAAACUAACCAAAUUUGUCCUUGGUACUAGCUCCAACAAUGUUUUAACUCUACAUAACUGUCCUGCCAGAUUGUAUGAGAAACUUGCAUAUCCUUGAACAGGGUACAAACUUUUGUGCAAAUUAUAAUUUGCACAAAAGUUUGUGCAAAUUUUUAAUUAGAAAAGACACUUAGACUUACAGUACAUCUAGUGAGAAAAUUAAACCAAAAAUAAUUAAAUUUAAUACAGUGUAUAGUAAAUGCUUGAUAACUUUCAUUGAGUCAUGCAAAUAUUUACAAAAAAGAUUAAAUCCAUUUCAUCAUAUCUGACAAUUUAGCCCUUUAGUGUUCUUCUACCCAUGAGAGGGUAGGUAAUUAGGCCAAAUUUGAGUUUCCAAAGCCUAAUCAAUGCACAGGAAAUUGAUAGCAUUGUUGUGAGUCAAGAGAGUUCCUCUCAUGUAACCAGUCAGCUAACCCUCUCUCUCACAAGUGGAGUAAGACGGAUAAGUGUGAAGCAGUGUAGUUCUAGACCUGGGAGUGUUUCUCAGUGAUUCACAAUUACUUGGAAGUAGGAAUAAUGACGAUCAGAGAUAUGGCAAAAAUCAUAAGGGUUAAAGUCUUAGAAUUGGGGCAGUUUGUAACAUACUAGAAGCCCCUUGAAAUCCCUUUUAUGUUUCGGUGAUUGGACACUGAAAGGUUGAAAAAAUAAAGAUUGUGAUCUCA